GGCGGAUCAAAUCACUGCCUGUGUUUACGUUUCCAUGGGAAACAGCGAAGGCAGUCGUACCUUUUUGUUUAGAAACUAUUCAGCACAUUAGUCAAUCAUGGUAACGUUAAAUUAAAAAGCAAAACGGACGGAUGCAUAAUAAUGGCAUAUUCAUAUAUUCUUGAUUGAAACGAUUGUAUGUUAAUUGGAAUUUGCAGGUCUAUAUUGGUAUUACUUUUACGUGUUGAAAGGACUCCCUAGAAAAUGACCAAAAUGAGAAGAUACAUUUCAGGGAACUAUCCUUGAAGUCAAAGUCCUUUGAACUUUUGAACUUUUUGUUUAAAAUUCUUCAUUCACAUGGUGUCGGAAUCGCCUCUCAGAUUUGCUCUUUUAAUGUGAACUAUUUCCCAUCGCCUCAGAUGUCAUCAUCGCUUGACGCUCCGAGUUUUUGAAGUCGAAAUAGUACUCUUAUUUUGAAGCUUGUCACCCAAACCCGGAUGUUCUCUAUAUGUGUGGCAUAUUGAUGGGGUGUGACGCGCUCGAGAUUUCAUAUAAGCGACGCCACCGCCGUUUCAAGCCACUGGCCCUGUGAAGGAGAUGACAAAGGAGGAUGUUUUAGAGCCCGUGGAGGAAGAUGCUUCCCUGGACCGCUUUACUCCAAUUUCUCCCCAUCAGCGGCCGGUCAUCCACCAGGUGGCCUCUGCACCAAUGCCUGACCACUGUGAAUUCUCCUUCUUCGACCCCAGCGAGCAGCAGUGCAGGGAGGUUCUGCAAGAGCCCAGCACCACCAUACCGGAACUCUUUGCUGUCCUUAGGCAAUGGGUUCCCCAGGUUCAGAAGAACAUUGAUCUGAUUGGCAAUGAGAUCCUUAACAGAGGUUGUGGCGUAAAUGAUCGAGAUGGUCUGACAGACAUGAGCCUUCUGCACUAUUGCUGCAAAGCCGGGGCCCCGGGCAUCGGUGAUGCAGAUAGAGCGGCUGGCUUUGCCCGCCACCUAGUGGCGCUGGGAGCCGAUCCAAACCUCCGCUCCCGCUGGACAAACAUGAGGGCCUUGCAUUACGCUGCCUACUUUGAUGUGCCCCAGCUUAUUGGCGUGGUCGCGCAGGCCUCUCAGCCUGGAGACAUGGAUGCGACCUGUAGUGACUUUGACUUUGGCACCGCCCUGCACAUUGCCGCGUCCAAUUUGUGCACAUCAGCCGUCUCCUGUCUUUUGGAGCUGGGAGCCAAUCCUGCUUUCAAAGACGAUAAAGGCCAGUACCCGGCCGAUGUUGUUCCUGAUCCCCUCAACAUGCCCCCGGAGAUGGCAGAUGCCGCCGCCCUGGCCAAAGAGUUGCGGCGUUUACUGCGAGAGGCUUUGCCGCAGCCCACCUCGUUGCCUUUAGCGUGGACCCCUCCCGCUCUUUCUGAAAAAGCCAGGCUAAAGCUCGCCUCUCUCGGAAUCGCACUCGGUGACCGUGUGGUGAUAGCUGGACGCAAGGUUGGAAGCCUGCAAUUCUGCGGCAACACCGAGUUCUCCGGCGGUCUCUGGGCCGGAGUCGUGCUCGACAAAGCCGAGGGCAAAAACGAUGGCUCCGUAGCAGGCGUUCAGUAUUUCACCUGUCAGCUCAAACACGGAGUAUUUGCUCCUCUCUCCAAGAUAAGCAAAGCUUUGGAAAGAUUUACAAGUGGCAACAAGGUGUCGACACUGGCACGCCAUCGGCACAUAGACCUGUCCGCCGCCGCCGUUCCUCCCAAGAGUAACACACGUUUAGGUGGUCUCUCUCAAUCACUCUCUUCUUCGUCUUCCUCGCUGGAAUCUCGUCACGGACGCCGUCCUCGACCUCAUCCCCUUCACAGGCAACGUCUUGCUGCCAGGCAACAACGGGAACAUAUUUCUUCCAGUUCCUGGGCCGCACCUGCUCCCGGCCCCCGCUCCGCUUCCGGAAUGGCUGCAAAUUCUACAGCAGGUUAUAGAAGCCGGACUCCUUCAGCCAGCAGCUCCGUGUGUGGGGGGGGAGCGGAGAUGCGCCCAGGGGACAGGGUGCUGGUCGUCGGCCAGAGAACCGGCGUGGUCCACUUCUACGGGAAGACCAGCUUUGCUCCAGGCCACUGGUUGGGCAUCGCGCUGGACACGCCCAGUGGGAAGAACGACGGCUCAGUGGCUGGAGUGAGAUACUUUGAUUGCCCACCGAGACACGGGAUCUUUGCUCCUCCGUCUCGCGUUCAACGGAUCCACGGAUCUGUGGAUUGCCUCUCCGAGCUCUCCUCGUCACAUCUAAACCAUCCGUCAAGCAGUGGUGAGAGUCGUCAGAAAUGUCUUGGGGUGAUUCGUCGCAGCUUCAGCACAUCUUCUGCUAUCGCCCCACCCAAGGAGACAAGCAGAAGAAACCCUGUUAGCAGCAAAAACCAAAGGAAUCGUUUGAUCCCCCAUCGUCGGCGCUGGAGCAGCAGCAGCGGCGGCGGCAGCGUUCCAAGAGGUAGCUCCGGGAGCGUCUACACUUCUGCCAACCAGGUCCGCCUCCACCAGGGCAUGCAGGUCCUGUUGAACAGCGCCAACGAGAUGGCCUGCAUCCGUUACGUGGGCACGACUGACUUUUCUCCGGGCCUUUGGCUGGGCCUGGAACUCCGAGGCCCCAAGGGAAAGAACGACGGCUCCGUGGGCGGGCGCCGCUACUUCACCUGCCGCCCGGGCCACGGCGUGCUGGUCCGCCCGAGUCGCGUGACCUAUCGUGGCAUCAAUGGUUCUCGAUUGGUGGAUGAAAAGACUUGAGAAAUCAAGAUUGGAAUGUGUAGUUUGAGCAAACGGUCCGAUGUUUCAAAAGCAUUUACGUAUCAUGUGCACUUGUACUAACGCUUUGAUAUUCAAAACACAGCUAAUUGUUGGGAAGAUGCCAUGAAUGCACUUUAUUGAAUUAUCGAAUAAUUCUGGAAGGGAUUGAUUAAGAUUAACCAUUGCACUACUUCUAAUCUGAUUGCAGAUGUGUUCUAAUGACUAGCAACAACAUGGCUGUCAUCCUUUGCAGAUAAUUAAUGGGACUGACUCAUAAAACUCAUUUUCACUUGAGUUAUUGUAAAAAAGAGUCAGUCACCAGAUGUCAAUCAAUGUUGCUCUUAUCUUAUCAGUCACAUCAUUAUGCAAUGAUUGAACAGUGCACAGUGCAUCAUGUUAUUGGAACAUUUUCGCACCUCUGAUUAGAAUCCAGAUGACAAAAAACGCAGCACAGUUCAAGGCGGCUCGAAACAUUGUUUCCCAAUAAGAACGCCAGGGCUUGCACUUUAUCCAUUGCAAUAUCAUUCACGUGUGCCAGGCUCAAUCAGUGGUGGAUUGCAUGAUGUGCGGCAUGGAAUCGCAAUCUCAGUCGUGUGUGCAGUGCGGCUUCCAAUAGAUGCAUCCAUUUUUUGCCUUUCUUUUUGUCUCCAAGCCAUUGUCGAAUUUUGAGAAGCAUGCCUUCCAUGCCGCAUGAGCCAUCGUUGACAUUUGAUUCAAGAGAACAAAUGCAAUCAUCCUAACGUUCUCAAGUUGAACUGGGUAGCAGCCUAUUUAAUUACAGUUAUGAGUCAGAAUUUGCAAUCAUCCAUUGUGCAUGUGCAACAGAGCCACCAAGCUUUCUAUAAAACACUCGCGUAGCAUUUAAUUACGGUGUGUGUGUCUGUGUGGCGCGCAAGGAUCUUCAGUCAAUAGGUGGGCCCUGCAAUUGAAAGGAAGCGGAGGCCAAAGCCAACCAUUGUCAGCAGAUUGCAGCCUAAAAGCUUUCAUACAAAGACCCUUAAGUCCAUUAUAGAAGAAAGCAUGAGCAAAAUAUUCCUUUUUACGCUGCCAUUUGCGACAUUUAAUGCGUGACAAGCACAUUAAAUGCGACUCUUUUACUCUUUUACUCUGCUCUAUAAUCUAGUUGACAGCUUUACUGAGUAGUACUUGAUUUUAAAAGUCAUUUGCUUCCUUUAUGAAUUCCUUUUCCUUUAUUUCAUGUUUCCUAAUGAAGAGUUGUGAGCAUGUUAGUUCGUCAAAUGGUGUUUUGUUUUGUUUCUUUAAAAAAAAAACUAUGCUUGCACCCUAUCUGAAAUAGGUGCUUAAAGUCUGUUGUAGUUGACGACCAUGUUGAGGAACUACUAAAAGUCCACUCGCAGUUGAAUUGGUGAUGAUUGCAUAUGAAAAUGGAUCAGUGUUGUUGGAUGCGUCUUUCAGAGCCAUUGCUGUGUGUUUGUAGCGUGAAGUUUGAUACUGUUUACAUAAAGAUUUGCUCAAAUAUGAAGUGAAUAAAGGAAACCAUUCAAAUUCAA